AGGCCACGCUCUCCUCCCGCGCACCAUAACAUCGCCAGCGCCCCCGCCGCGUGCGCCACCGCCCGCUCCGCUUUAACGUCUAGCAGCGGGCCAGCGGCAGCCCAGCUCCACCCGCCCGCUCUCCUCUCCGCCUCUCCCACCCACCGACCCCCAGCUGAUCUUUUCCGCUCGAUCCUCUCCUUCCCUCCUCGGCUAGCUGCCAGUUGCACCACACAGCAUCUUUAUCCGGCGGGUGGAAGGGGCUGCAUGGCGCCGUCCGACUCUCAGCCGUGCACGCAGCAGCGGCCGCCGCCAGCGGGCGAGCUGCAGCAGCCGCUGGCGGCGGCUUCGGACGACCGGGCGCCUGCGGCGGGGACGUCGUCCGAGUCCGAGCAGGCGCCAGCGGAGGCGGUGGCCAGCAAGGCUCCGGCGGCGGUGGAGCCGGAGAAGAAGAAGGACAGGGCGGCGGAGGCGGAGGAGGCCGCCGCGUCGGCCGGCUGCGGCAGGGAGGUGGUGGCGCGGCGGCCGGCGGCGGCGGGGGAGGAGAGCGCGCGGGAGCGGCUGAAGCGGCACCGCACGGAGAUGGCGGGCCGGGUGCGGAUCCCGGACAUGUGGGGCCAGGAGCGGCUGCUCAAGGACUGGGUCGACUGCGCCGUCUUCGACCGCCCGCUCGCCGCCACCACGGGGCUGCUCACCGCCCGCGACGCGCUCGUCGCCGAGUGCGCCGCCGCGCGUCGCCCGGCGGUCGCGCACGGCCCCGCCGGCCGCACGCUCCGGGUCCAGAACGGCUGCUCGUGAUCGCCGCCGGCGGCCUACGUACUCGACGCGCGCAUGCAGCUGAGAUCAAGUGCUUUUCUUUUUUUUCCCUACUUCCCUCUCCCUUCUCGACGAUGAUUACGUAUACAUCUAUUCGAAUAUCUGUUUGGCCCGAAUUUGAAUUCGAUCGAUGAUACCCAUGCUUGACUAGCACUGGUGGUUGUAAUUAAUGUAGUUGAUCACCAUUUUUAAGCAUGCUUGCCACAAUCUGUUUGGACCAAUACUCCAGCUUAAUUGGGGGUGAAUUCAUCAAGAGCUCCUUAUUUUCCGUUUCA